AUGCUCGAGUCCGCCGCGACGUCCUUCGCCUCGAUACUAGUUCUCGCAGCCGGUUUCGCCAUAGCAGGCUAUGCCUACCACAAAACCUACAAGCGCAUCGUCCUCCAGAAGAUGACGCGGGCGUUCACGCCCGGCGAUCCCGUCCUCGAGCUCGCCGCCAUCGGCAAGGAAGUCCCGCAGACCGCCGCCGAGGCCGACGACCGCUGGGUGCAACGGCCGGAGCAGGCCCGCAUCGACAAGAUCGUCGACGGCUCCGAGGUCGGACACUACUUCCUCAUGGUCGGCGAGAAGGGCACGGGCAAGAGCAGCAUGCUGAUCGAGGCGAUGCGCAAGAUUGACGGUGACGGCGUCGCCAUGUUCGAGGCCCACGCCGACCUGGAGAUCGUGCGUAUCCGUCUCGGCAAGGCGCUCGACUUUGAGUUCCACGAGGACUACAUCGGCGGCUACUUCUCCGAGCGCGGGCCGCGCGACACCACUGCGCUGCUGGACAUUGAGCGUGCCCUCAACAAGCUCGAGAAGGUGGCCCUCGUCAACCGCGCCGAGCGCAAGAGGCCGCUCGUCGUCAUCAUCAACCAGAUGCACCUCAUCCGCGACGACGAGGACGGCAAGGACCUUCUCGAGCUGCUGCAGCAGCGCGCCGAGCAGUGGGCCGCCGCCAACCUCGUCACCAUGGUCUUCAACACCGACGACUACUGGGUGUACGAACGCUUCAAGCAGCUGGCCACGCGCAUGGAGGUCAUGUCGGUGCGCGACCUGCCCAAGUUCCAGGCCAUCAACGCGCUGUGGAAGUACCGCGUCAAGUACUUCAACGAGCAGCUCAGCCAGGAGAAGCUCGAGGAGGUCUACGACCUGGUCGGCGGCAGGCUGUCGUUCCUCAACCGGGCCGCCAAGAGCAAGGACAUGGUUGCUACGUGCAAACAGAUCUGCCAAGUCGAGAAGACGUGGUUCCUCAACCAAUGCUGGAUCCUCGGCGCUGAGAUGGACGACGACGUGAUGGACCAACAGAAGUGGGCUGCGGGCGCAAUGGUCCUGGCACAAGCCCUCGUCGACAAGGAGGAGGACAUGGACAGCCUCUACGACCCGGAAAAGGGCCACGUCCUCCCCUCCUACCCCAUGCACAAGGCGCAGCAAAUCAUGACCCGCGCCGACUUCAUCCGCGACAUGGACCGCCUCAACCUUUUUAGCAUCGCCGCCAACGCCGAAGUCCGCGCGUCCUCGGUGCCGAUGCACCGCGCCUUCCAGGAGAUUUGCGCCGAGGAGGGCUUCCGCGAACACCUCGCGAAGACGAUCCAGCGUAUCGGAGACAUCGAGUCGCUCGGCCGCACUCGCGAGCUCGUCGCCAAGGAUCUGGUCCUCGGCGGCAAGUAUGAGAUUCUGAAGGAGGGUAAGAAUGGCAUUGUUGUCAAGCUUGUCGAGGGUGAGGACCGCGGAAUGUAUGUUUGA